AAAAGCUUUAAAGAAGUAAAAUCUAGGCACCAGGCUUUUUGAAGUGUUGACAGCCCAACAUAAUCAUGAACGUGAUUCAAAAAUGUUAAUAAAUAAAUCAAGACCAUGGGGAAUUCAUAUGCAGGGCAACUGAAAUCUGCUCGGUUUGAGGAAGCUCUCCACAACUCCAUAGAAGCCUCUCUCAGAUGUAGUAGUGUGGUACCACGGCCAAUUUUUUCACAGCUGUACUUGGAUCCUGACCAGCAUCCUUUCUCAUCUACAGAUGUAAAACCCAAAGUGGAAGAUCUAGAUAAAGAUUUGGUUCAUCGCUACACUCAAAAUGGAAGCUUAGAUUUUUCUAAUAAUCUAACAACUAACGAAAUGGAAGAUGAUGAAGAUGAUGAAGAAAUGUCUGAUUCAAGUAGCCCACCAAUUCCCUAUUCACAAAAACCUGCCCCAGAAGGGUCUUGCACUACAGAUGGUUUUUGUCAAGCAGGAAAGGAUUUGCGUUUGGUAUCACUGUGUAUGGAACAAAUCGACAUUCCAGCAGGGUUCCUUCUGGUUGGGGCCAAGUCUCCCAAUCUUCCUGAACAUAUCCUAGUAUGUGCUGUAGACAAACGCUUUCUACCAGAUGAUCAUGGGAAAAAUGCACUUUUAGGGUUUUCUGGAAACUGUAUCGGCUGUGGAGAAAGAGGAUUUCGGUAUUUUACAGAAUUUUCCAACCACAUUAACUUGAAGCUCACCACCCAGCCAAAGAAGCAGAAGCACUUAAAGUACUACCUAGUCAGAAGCUCCCAGGGUGUACUGUCAAAGGGACCUCUUAUCUGCUGGAAAGAAUGUAAAAGCCGACAAUCCUCUGCUACUUGCAACUCUAUAAAACCAAACUCUUCAGUGUCAUCAACUGUAACACCAGAAAAUGGCACAACUAAUGGAUACAAAUCAGGAUUUCUUUCAAUAGAUGCUGCUAAUGGAAACAGUAGUCAUAGUGGGAAGAACAGCGCAUCUAGCUCCACUCCAUCUCAUUCAGGGAAUUACUCUUUGUCACCAAGACCUAGCUAUGCACCCGGAGACCAAGCUACCAUGUUCAUAUCUGGGCCACCAAAGAAAAGGCACCGAGGAUGGUAUCCUGGACCACCUGUUCCCCAGCCUGGCUUAGUUGUACCUGCUCCUACAGUUCGCCCUCUUUCAAGAACUGAGUCCCUUUUAUCUACCCCAGCUUCACAGACUUCAUUAACUGGAAUUUUACAACCUCGGCCCAUUCCUGCAGGGGAAAUUGUAAUUGUUCCUGAAAAUCUGCUGAGUAACUCAGGAGUCAGACCAGUAAUUCUGAUAGGCUAUGGCACUUUACCCUAUUUCUAUGGAAAUGUUGGAGACAUUGUUGUGAGUCCUCUGCUGGUAAAUUGCUACAAGAUUCCACAGUUGCAAAACAAAGAUUUGGAACAAUUAGGAUUGACUGGUAGCCAGCUCUUGAGUGUGGAAAAUAUGAUUCUCCUGACAAUACAGUACCUUGUGAGAUUGGGUCCUGAUCAUAUACCUCUCAGGGAAGAAUUUGAGCAAGUCAUGCUGAAAGCGAUGCAGGAAUUUACUCUGAGAGAGCGAGCCCUGCAGAUGGGUGCGCAGUGUGCACCCGUGUCCCCAGGACAACUCCCCUGGCUUGCGAGAUUAAUUGCCAGUGUGUCUCAAGACUUGGUUCACGUGAUUGUGACUCAGAACUCUUUGGCAGAGGGCAUUUCAGAAACAUUGAGGACUCUCAGUGAAAUGAGACACUAUCAAAGGCUCCCAGAUUAUGUUGUGGCAAUUUGUGCAUCAAAAAUCAGAGGGAAUGAAUUUUGUGUGGUAGUAUUGGGUCAGCAUCAGUCCAGAGCGCUGGCAGAGAGCAUGCUUACCACAAGUGAGUUUUUGAAAGAAAUUAGUUAUGAGCUCAUCACUGGAAAGGUCAGUUUCCUGGCAUCACAUUUUAAAACCACAUCAUUAGGCGACGAUCUAGACAAGCUGCUAGAGAAAAUGCAGCAAAGAAGAGGAGACAGUGUGGUGACCCCUUUCAACGGAGACCUGAAUGAAUGUGUGUCGCCACAGGAGGCCGCUGCUAUGGUUCCCAUGCAAAAUCUGGAUUUAGAUAAUGAAACCUUCCAAAUUUAUCAACCACAGCUAACAGUUGCCAGAAAACUCUUAUCCCAGGUGUGUGCGAUAGCAGACAGUGGUAGCCAGAGCCUGGACCUCGGUCAUUUCAGCAAAGUGGACUUCAUCAUCAUUGUCCCAAGAUCAGAGGUUCUGGUCCAGCAAACUCUUCAACGGAUUCGACAAUCAGGUGUCCUUGUCGACUUGGGUCUGGAGGAAAAUGGAACAGCUUAUCAAAGAGCAGAAAAAUACGUUGUUCGUCUAGACAGUGAAAUCCAAACCAAGUUUGAAGUUUUUAUGCGAAAAGUGAAACAGAAUCCAUACACACUGUUUGUGCUGGUUCAUGACAACUCCCACGUGGAACUAACAAGUGUCAUUUCUGGAUCUUUGUCACAUGGUGAACCUAGUCAUGGAUUGGCUGAUAGAGUGAUCAAUUGCAGAGAAGUUCUGGAAGCUUUUAAUCUCCUGGUGCUCCAGGUCAGCUCCUUCCCAUACACUCUGCAGACCCAACAGUCCCGAAUCAGUUCCAGUAAUGAGGUUCACUGGAUACAGCUGGACAGUAUGGAGGACAUCAGCUGCGAGGAGAAGUUGUACUUCGGCUUGAAUGAGUAUAGCAAGUCACUGCAAUGGGGAAUCACAAGCCCACUUCUGAGAUGUGAUGAGACAUUUGAAAAAAUGGGAACCACACUCCUGGAGAGGUACCCCAGGCUGCACAGCAUGGUUGUCCGCUGCUAUCUUCUCAUCCAGCAGUACUCGGAGGCGCUGAUGGCUCUCACCACCAUGGCAUCGCUCAGAGACCACAGCACCCCGGAAACACUCAGCAUUAUGGAUGACCUUAUUAGCUGCCCCGGAAGAAACAAAAGCGGGAGGGGACACAUGCUCAUUAUCAGGGUACCCUCUGUGCAGCUGGCGAUGCUAGCUAAGGAACGGCUGCAGGAGGUCCGUGACAAGCUGGGGCUACAGUACCGCUUUGAGAUCAUCCUUGGGAACCCUGCCUCUCAACUCAGCGUUGGAGCUCACUUUGUGGCGCGAUUAAAGACCUGGAGAGGAAAUGAACCAGAAGAGUGGAUCCCUCGGACAUACCAAGAUUUAGAAGGGUUGCCUUGUAUAGUGAUAUUAACUGGCAAAGAUCCUCAUGGAGAAACAUUUCCCAGAUCUCUGAAGUACUGUGAUCUCCGGUUGAUCGACUCCAGCUAUUUAACCCGUACAGCCUUAGAGCAGGAGGUGGGUCUGGCUUGCUGCUAUGUCUCAAAAGAGGUCAUCCGGGGGCCCACAGUCGCCCUGGACCUUAGUGGAAAGGAGCAGGAGAGAGCCACCAUAAACGAGAAUGACUCUGAUGAGCUGCUGAUUGAUCUGGAGAGGCCCCAGAGCAACAGCAGUGCUGUCACUGGAACCUCAGGCUCCAUCAUGGAGAAUGGGGUGAGCUCUUCCAGCAUGGCGGACAAGUCCCAGAAGCAGCCUCUGACCCCCAGCUUCCAGAGCCCCGAGAACAGCCUGGGGCCGGACGAGGGGGUCUCCACGGGCCUCGGAGGCUCCGGAGAGGCGUUCAAGCAGGAGUGUGACUCCCUGGGCGCCCAGCUGGCCAGCAGCACCUCGUCCAGGCCUUCGUCGUCGUCCUGCACGGGGCCCCGGGCGCUGUCCUGGCCGGUCCGGCCCGUGGGCCGCUGCAGAAGCCUGUCCAGCGCCCUGCCCCCCGUCGUCAUCCUGUCCAAGGCCGCCUACAGCCUCCUGGGGGCCCCCCGAGGGGGCAAGCUGCCCGCGUCGUCGGCCCUGCUGCCGCACGCGGACGUGGCGUGGGUGAGCGCGCUGCGGCCGCUGCUGCACAAGGACAUGAGCAGCGAGGAGCAGUCCCUGUACUACCGCCAGUGGACGGCGGCAAGGCAGCACCACGCCGACCACAGCAACCAGCCCGACCCCGCCUCGGGCGCGCGCGCCUGCCACCCCCGGCGCCUGCUGCUCACCGGACCCCCCCAGGUGGGAAAGACCGGCUCCUAUCUCCAGUUCCUCAGGAUCCUCUUCCGGAUGCUCAUCAGGCUCCUGGAGGUGGAUGUGUAUGAUGAGGGAGAGAUCAACACUGAUCCCAAGGAAAGCAGCGAAGUGAGCCAGUUGGAGAGAGAGCCCUGGCCUGACAUCGAGAGCUUCAGUAAAAUUCCCUUUGAUGUCAGUGUACAUGACCCCAAGUACAGUUUGAUGAGCCUGGUAUACACACAGAAGCUGGCAGGAGUCAAACAAGAAGCAGUGAAGGAAUCCAAAAUCGAUGAGCCCAGGAAACGAGAAACCGUGUCUAUGAUGCUGACCAAAUAUGCAGCCUAUAACACCUUCCACCACUGCGAGCAGUGCCACCAGUACAUGGACUUCACCUCGGCCUCCCAGAUGUCUGAUUCAACUCUUCACGCAUUCACAUUUUCAUCCUCUAUGCUGGGAGAAGAGGUGCAACUCUAUUUCAUCAUUCCCAAAUCCAAGGAGAGUCACUUUGUCUUUAGCAAACAAGGAAAGCACCUGGAGAGCAUGCGGCUGCCCCUGGUUUCCGACAAGAAUCUGAAUACAGUCAAGAGCCCUAUUUUCACUCCUUCCAGUGGUCGGCAUGAGCAUGGACUCCUAAACCUUUUUCAUGCUAUGGAGGGCAUCAACCACCUUCAUCUGCUGGUAGUUAAAGAAUAUGAGAUGCCACUGUACCGCAAGUACUGGCCCAACCACAUCAUGCUGGUGCUUCCGGGAAUGUUCAAUAAUGCAGGCGUAGGUGCUGCCAGAUUUCUCAUUAAGGAGCUGUCAUAUCACAACCUGGAACUGGAGAGGAACCGCCUGGAAGAGUUGGGAGUUAAACGCCAGUGCGUCUGGCCCUUCAUAGUUGUGAUGGAUGACUCCUGUGUCUUGUGGAACAUUCACAGUCUUCAGGAGCAAACCGGCCAACCCAUGGAAGCAGGAAUUUCCAGUAAGAAUGUAUCCCUGAAGAGUGUCUUGCAGCACAUUGAAGCAACACCCAAAAUUGUUCACUAUGCAAUCCUGGGCAUUCAGAAAUGGAGCAGUAAGCUGACUUCUCAGAGCCUGAAGGUGCCUUUCUCCAGGUGCCAUGUGCAUGACUUCAUUCUCCUCAACACAGACUUAACUCAGAAUGUACAGUAUGACUUUAACAGGUAUUUCUGUGAAGAUGUUGACUUUAACCUAAGAACAAACAGUAGUGACCUACUCAUCUGCCGUUUCAAUCACUUCAGUCUCAUGAAGAAACAUAUUCAAGUUGGAGGGCAGAGAGAUUUUAUUAUUAAACCAAAGAUCAUGGUGUCGGAGAUUUUAGCACCCAUCUUGCCUCUUCAGUAUGUAUGUGCUCCAGACAGUGAGCACACACUUCUGGAAGCCCCUGCACAAUUUCUUCUGGAGAAAUUCCUUCAGCAUGCCUCAUACAAACUCUUCCCUAAAGCCAUCUACAACUUUAAGAGUCCUGUGUUGGCCAUUGACAGCUACCUUAACAUUGGACCAGAGGUGGCCAUAUGCUACAUCAGCUCCAGACCUCACUCCAGCAAUGUCAAUUGUGAAGGGGUGUUUUUUAGUGGACUCCUCCUGUAUCUCUGUGAUUCUUUUGUAGGUGCUGAUCUCCUUAAGAAAUUUAGGUUUCUUAAAGGUGCUACUCUGUGUGUUAUCUGCCAAGACAGAAGUUCCUUACGCCAAACAAUUGUCCGCUUAGAGCUAGAGGAUGAGUGGCAAUUCCGUCUCCGGGAUGAAUUUCAAACUGCUAACAGCAGUGAUGACAAACCCCUCUACUUUCUCACUGGACGUCAUGUAUGAUUUUUUGAAGAGACCAAGCAUACUAAAGUGAUGCCUAGACGGGGUGGGGCAAAAAACAAUUGCUUUUUUUUCCCUUUAAAGUACAAUCACUGUGGAGCAAAGUGCAACAUAUUUGUCUAUUUCCAAAGGGACACUCACCCCAAAAAUAUGACCCAGGUCCCCUUGGGGGCAUCACUAUCCUUCAGUUUCAAGACCUUAAAUUCAGGUUACUUCCACCCUAGGCAGUUGCAAUUACUUUGACUGGUCUGCUUGAGAAAGAGGUGGAUGUACUUUGGAGUUUGCAUUGCUUUUUCUACUACACUAUGUUAGGGAAAAACUAACUCAGCAUUAGCUAGCCUAAAUGUGUUACAUGAGACUCACACCGUUGGUGUGUAAUUAAUUGAAGAUUAACAUUUGAGACUUGAACCUUCAAUGUUUUUCUUCAGAUCUGUACUUUGGUACAGUAUUACUCAGGGGCCUGAAAAUGAUAGAAUGUAGAAGUUAUUUGUAUUUUUUAAAAACAGUAGUAGCAUUGUCUUUCUCUGUGCAGUGUUAGUUUAAGAUUUAUAAUCUUAUGUGUAUUGAAACUUUGGGCAAAAUUUCCACAGGAGUUGAAAGUUUACUAUUUAAAUGAACAAAAAUCAGUAAAUGCAGAGCAGGCAUUAUGUAUGUAUAUUUACAGUUUCUUGCUCAAGUUUCACUGCUCUGUCUUUAAAAAGAGAAAGCACACUGUAUUUAUAAGAAUAUGGAACAGUGAUGAAUCUUGUACAGGAAAACCUGGUUCAUCCCAUUAAACAAGUUACCCAACACUUACCCUCAGAUUGGAGAGGAACAAUUGGCACCAGCAAAGCUAAAUGUUAGGCUAAGGUUCUUUGUGGAAUGGAAUUAGUUUUCUUCAGGGUCUCAACAAAAGCUCCCUUUAAAAGAUAUAACAAGAGCUGGUAGGGUAGCGUGUGCAUAUUACAGCCAGCUGGGAUUCAACCCCCAGCACAGUUCCCUGAGCAAUGUCAGAUGUGAUCCCAAAAUAAUUAUAAGUGACAAAUAGCUCUCUUAAACUGACAAUGCAAAAACUGGGAACCACAGAAAACAAACAAGCAAACAAAAAAACCAUCAAACUGCUGAAUGGAACAUUCUAUUAGGCUUUUUGAUUCAUUAAAAUGGGCAGUUUCUUCAGCAGCAAUAGUAGGAGACCUAAACUUGUAAAACAAUGUAAAAUUCUAGAACAAAUUAUUGGGAGUUUGCUCUUAAAUUAUUUCCCCUUUCACCAGCCCAUAUAUAUAUUUUACCCACCUAAAUGUUGCCAUUUUUUACUUGAAUCAGUCUUGAGGCCUGUCUUGAGGCUUGUAUCUGAAGAGGCCUACCACAGCCUGCAUUUACUAAGAAGAAAUAGUGUUAAUUGACCAGCUUUAUUAGCUUCUGAUGAGUUUACAACUAAUGAAGAAUGGAAUGUACUGAUUUGGUUUGCAGAUCUCUUUUUAAUAUAACUACUUAACAAUGUUUUACAUGUAUUUUGAAAGGCAUAAUUCAUUUAAACCCCACUUUUAAUUGUCCUUUGAAGAGUAUCUAUCUUAUAUAUAUAGAUAUAUAGAUAUAUAAGUAGACCAGAAUUUUUGGCAGAGGUACGUUUUGGAAUAGGUUGUUAUGGUUAUGAAUGUAUUUCAACUGCUCCUGUUUUGUGGAAUGGGCCUAAU